AUUCGGAUAGCUUAAUUUCGUUGUUGCAAUUCGACAGUUCAAAUUAUCAGUUACAUUGAUGUUGAAUACCUUAACUCAGCAUCUAGAAUGAGCGGAAUACAUAGGAGUCAGCUAAUGUUUGACCUUGAUCUUUCGAAUGAUUUAUUUUACUUUUAUGAGUAGUUUAGUAUUGAAUUUGAUUCUGAUUAAAAUCACAAUUUUUGAGCAUUUCGCCUGUUGUACAUUGAGAGCGUCACCGGAAUGUCUGAUUCCAUUGGAAAUGUAGGUAUCGGAUGAAAAGUUGCGACACCGCUAAAUUAUCAUACUCCGACAAUUUAUUUCUCCACUACGAUCGUUAUAAGCAAUUGCGUGCGGCGCAAUAGGAAUAUUAAUGGCGAACUAUGCCGAGACUCGGUGGUUUCCCGAUCAACCGGAUCGACAGGUAUGGAAUCAGGGGUUUCCCCAGGACUGUGAUUUUUAACCCAUUUGCCUUUCAAUUAUUCAAACAGUAAUUUUGAUUUCCAUUUAGAAAUCAUGAAAUACCAGAGCUCCAACAGUAAGGUGGCCAUGUUGAUCUCGCAAUGGUAUCUAAAAUAUGCCAUGUUUUAUUUCUAAGCCAUUAUCAUCCAGUGACCUUGAGAUAGGGUUGAAUAGAACAUCCCGCGUCCUCUGUACCCGUCCGUUCAUCCAAACCCGCAGUGUCUAACCUAACGAGAAAGAAUAGCGACCCAUCGGCCAUUGUUUUCUCUCGUUAGUUCCCGGGUGGAGAGGCUUCAAUAGCGUGCACGCGAUUAAUUUCUAGCUGAUUGCAACCCGCGCAAAGUGUAGCCCGGUGAUGGAUAGUGAUGAGUAUUUCCAUACGUCGCUCAAAGAUGAACCGAGGGUGGUUGGCAAUGAAGCCCGGUGAUAAUUUGUCUUAAAAUAAUCAAAACAUUUCAUUCAGUGUAAAUAUGUGAGCUUUUAUCAGUCAUGGCUACCUUGAUGACAAACAAAAUAUUAAGGAGCGUUUUUUUUUUUUUGUUUCUUAUUAAGCCACCCUAGCAAAGAAAAAUGCAUCUGCUACUGUUUUUCGCCGUGUAUUAUAUAAAUUAUACCUGCGCGAUGUUGAAUAUUCGAAUCACCAGCACGCGUUCGUUCGCGCUGGUCCAAGGGGGAAGGCAUCAAUUCAGAGUGUUGAUGCAGUGAUUAGCGAAUUUUCCGCAAACCCCACCACAGAGCGCGCACAGGCAAUCAUUUUCUACAAUGACCGGGAGUCGCCAGGGCAGCUUCCUCCCUUAGUUCAGUACGGAACUAGAACCAAGCGUGAGUGCAUCGAUCGAUCGACAGCAACAGAACAAUCACGAGGAAAUGAGAACGGUGUCAGUGGCGAAGCUACUUUGGUUGCUCGUGGUUUUAUUUUUUGGCUCUGCCAAAGCGGAUAACCCAUUGGCCAAAGAUGAAGAAGUGGUAAAUGCGACUACGGCAAUAUUGGAGAAUAUAGCCUCCGCACAGGCUUCGAUUGAACCCCUAAAAUCCGAUAUGCCUACGACCGACUAUCUCAAGCUUGGUUCUCAAGGUCUGCUGGAAUACGUGUCGAAUUUAACUAGCAAAUUUACCCCAGUGUUUGAAAAGUUUGAAGAGAACGACCUGGAGUUGAUACAACAGAAUCUAAUAGAGGCUAUCCGGUAUCUGAAUGGUUACGAAUUGGUCAAUAGCAUUUCUCUGCUGCAGAACGUGGACUACAAUCUAUACAAUCACAACCAGUUCCGGUCGAUCAAUAGCGACAUGAGGAUUGCGUCAAUCGGUCUAUCGGAGGCGAUGUUUGGUCAACGUGACGUAACUCCAGCUCUGGAUGAUCUUCUCGCUACGACAGACAAGCUGGUCGAACACGUAAGCCGUGUUUCCGAUGCAAUUCAAAAGGGUGAGGCCUGGACUGCAGAAACCACCAAUCGAGCCAUGGCUGCUCAGCGAGGUUUCAAUGAAUCGAUCGAUAACUAUCUGAAUGCAUCGGCAACUCUAAUUGAAGACGUUACCGAAUCUUUGAACAAUCUACGUACCUACGAGGAAGAACUGUAUCAAAAAAUGAAGGAAAAGAUCACAAUGUUUCCCAAAUCCACCAUCAGCUACUUCAUAGCGCUGAAGAAAUCUCUGGAGAAUAUGAUUCAGAAAGUUAUGCUCAAUUUUGAGAACCUCCGUCUCUACAAACAUCGGGAGAUCGAACAGUGGAAGACCCGCUCGUUUUUUUCCGCUCCGAUGGCCUACAUGACACAAGUUACGGUUCAAGUCUCCGCUGAUCCAAUGCUCUCAAACGAUUGCACCGAAGCUUACAUCGAGAAGCUGCUGGCUUUCCCCAACUUCACGAUGACUCAUGUGACCUCGUGUCUAGUAGAUCAGGCAACCAACGAGGAGAAAAGCUUCGAAACCGUCAACACCAUGAUCGAGAACUACGCAGUGAGUGCAAUUAACGCAUCAUACGCAGCGUUCGACAUCUGCUUCCGAUAUGCUCCAAAAAAGAUAGCCUAUUGUCUGGAUUUGAACGGUUACGAGAACACCUGGGCGAAUGGUCGAAUUCUCAUGGCUUCCAAGCAGAUCGAAACGCUCAUCGAUAGCGAGAUUCAAAGCAACUUCAACACCUGCAUUGCCCAGAUCGGAUACUUCCUUAAUUAUCACAACCUACAGGAGAUGUGCUUCUAUAAUAAGAAACGAAAUCGACCACGUGGUCGUUGGUGAAUUUUGGUUUGAAUCCACUGUUACUGUGUAUUACUGUUGUUGAUGUUGUUGUUCAAUAAAAUAUCUUACACUCAUUAUUGGCA